CACAGGUGUGAUUAAAGUGCCUGAAGGAGAGCUCCUCAGGAGCUGACCUCUGACCCAGAGUUCAUUGUAUCCGGGGCCUCGAGGACCGACAUCUGUCAGGGAGCUCCGGGUGACUGCUGGCUGCUCGCCACCAUUGCCUCUCUGACCCUGAAUGAAGAGAUCCUGGCUCGAGUGGUCCCGCAGGGUCAGAGCUUCAGAGAUGGAGAGUACGCUGGCAUCUUCCACUUCCAGUGACGCCGGACAGCGAACCCAUCCUGGAGCCAGAGGUCAUUCCACCGGGCAUAGGCGUGGUGAUCUGACGCCGCUGUGAUGCGUUUCUGUUGUCAGAGUCUAGCGUGACAGGGACGUGGACAAUUCAGGGUCCAUGAGGUCGGCGGUGGAAGACGCAGGUUUCUCCCUGAACAAUCCGCUCCAUCAGGCUGUGGCUUGCUACAGCGAACCUGAUCUCACCAUCGACUUUGACAACUUCGUGGGCUGCUUGGUGCGUCUGGAGGCCAUGUUUGAAGCUUUCAGCGCUCUGGAGAAAGACGGGUUGGGAACCAUCGAGCUCAACCUGAUGGAGGUACCAUCUUCAUUAUUAACCACACAGCCAUCCUCACUCAGCGCUGAAGCAGGCUCCACCUACUGGUGACUCUAAGCAAUUAAGA